AUGCAUCGUCUAUAUAUAGAUGUAACAAAAAAAGUCACUAAACCCGUCAUAUCCUACUACUCACAAUUCAAAGAAAUUAACGACGUACUAAAUCAGCUCAAUCAGCUUAGAAAGAAGAGACAUGAUGUUCGUUUACUUACGGCUUCUCUUAAGGGUCGCGUUGAAAAUCAUUCAAAGAAGGGAGAUCCAGCUGAAGUUGCUGAAUUACGCAUUAGAUACGAAAACAGCAAUGCAGAACUUGAUAUUCUUACUAAGAAGUUUGUUACUUGUGUAAAUAACUUCUGGGACAAUAGACAUCUUAUAUUUGAGCCAAUCAUGGAAGAAAUGUCCAAAUUAACAUUCAAUUUGUGUAAAGAUCUAUACGAACCUACUCAGUUCAUGAUGAUGAGUGUUCCUCGUGAAUUGUUGACAACGGAUUUCUUGAAGAAUGAUCAAGAGAACUAG